AGUGCAGAAAUGUGAAUCUAGUUUGUUGCAUUAAUUUCUCAGAUAAAAGUUUUAUGUCAAAUGAGAAAACUAUUUACACCCAAAGAAUACUAAUAUUCAGCCCAGAAUUACUCAAGAAUCCAGUGAAGUUUAAAUGUGUAGCAUAAUAUGAGUCAUUUAUUAAAUGACACCUAUUUCAAUUCUACAUUUUGCCAGGAUAAAACAAAUUAAAAUAAAGCGAGCAUAGAAAACAGAAUAGUAAAGUCAAAUUAUGUGUAAAUACCAGACUACAUUAGGCAGGGGUGGGUGUCAUGAGGAUUAGUGUGAUAGUGACCUUGUUGCUAAGUACAAAAGCAAAACAAUGACAUAAAAACAAGUUCUAAGUACUGAGUGGAGGAGAGAUGGAGGCAGACGCUGCGGAAAAAAAAAAAAAGACUGAUUAAAAGGGCCCUUUGAUUCCACAGGCACAAAAUCCACAGCCAGGAAUUUGCUGCCACCUCUGAGUCAGGCAGGGGGUGGGGAUGGGGGUGCACAAUCCCAUUAGAGAAUGCCCAGUAGAUUUAGUCUGUGGGAGUCACAUUUCUUAUUUGGACUAGUGAAGACAGAAGCAAACCAGCUCACUUGUUUCCUGGGACAGUUGAUUUAGGGGAUGGCUUUCGCAGAGCAAUCACCUCUGACCCUUCACCGCCGGGACCUCUGUAGCCGCUCUAUCUGGCUAGCAAGGAAGAUUCGUUCAGACCUGACUGCUCUUAUGGAAUCUUAUGUAAAACAUCAGGGCCUGAAUAAAAAUACCAACCUUGACUCGGUGGAUGGUGUACCAGUGGCAAGCACCGAUCGCUGGAGUGAGAUGACUGAGGCAGAGCGACUCCAAGAGAACCUCCAAGCUUACCGUACCUUCCAAGGGAUGUUAACCAAGCUUUUAGAAGACCAGAGAGUGCAUUUGACCCCAACUGCAGGUGACUUCCAUCAGGCAAUACAUACUCUUAUGCUCCAAGUUUCAGCCUUUGCCUACCAGCUAGAGGAGUUAAUGGUGCUUCUGGAACAGAAGAUCCCUGAAAAUGAGGCUGAUGGGAUGCCUGUCACAGUUGGAGAUGGUGGCCUCUUUGAGAAGAAGCUGUGGGGCUUGAAGGUCCUUCAAGAGCUUUCACAGUGGACCGUGAGGUCUAUUCAUGACCUCCGUGUCAUUUCUUCUCAUCACAUGGGAAUCUCAGCACAUGAGAGCCCUUAUGGGGCCAAGGACAAGCAAAUGUAGCUGUUAGCUCUUUCCUCUGUCUCCCUUUUUGAUCUAAUGGAAUAUUGGUAGUUCCCUGGGGCCUAGUUUUCUCAGCAUCAAUUUUGGAAAACCUUAGACCACAGGUAUUUCAUCAAGUAGGGUUGAUCCACAUAUGAACAGAAGAUAUACAUCGUUAUUCUGACUAUGCAUAUGUGUGCAUAUGUUUUUGUUGGCAUUGGUGGUAUAAUAAAUAGGGGCACUAUCCUUCCACUUUAGUGCUUUACCCUUCCUGAUACUAAGUAAUCUUUCUAGUUAACAGUCUUACAGGCAGAAGAGAAACUAGUUUUGGUUGUAACUAGUUUGGUUGACUUACUAACCAAAGACUGAAUUAACAAAUUGGAAAUCCUAGACUAUCUUCAUUCAAACAACCCUAAUAAAAAGAACAUUGUUAUGGAGAGGCA